UUUGCAUAAUUUGCAUAUAACAUGACAUGCUCGGUUUGAACGGUUCAAAGUCAAAUUUUUCCCGGAAUACGAGCUCUCCAAAAUCAUGGAUGACUAUCAAAGCAUCGCUUCGAAAGGACAACGUCUUGCCUUUGCACAUAUUCUCGUUGGGUUUGCCCUGAUUGUUGCUGGCAUUGUGGACAUAUUACAGCUGGAGUCUUAUUUUGGUUAUUCAUGUUUUGGGAUUUGGGUCGGCAUUUGGGUAAGAUGGAAUGUGGCAAUGCAAUAUUAGUGAAUUUUGCACUGAAGUCAUCGCAAGAGUAUUCCGGGCGUUAAGAUAGAAUUAGAACAUUUUGAAAGUCGCUGAAAGAUGUAGCUCUGGAGACUUAAUUCGAUAGAUUGCCUAAUGUCUCACUUGCUCGAAUCGUCCAUACAAGUUGGUAUUUGAAACUGUGUAAAAGUGUUGUGGUUUGAGUUAUGCUGAUUAGCGAGUACACAUUAUCUGUCUACCUUCAUUCACACGAGACUAAGACUAAAAGUUGGGCCGUUUAAUAGCUUUCAUUAGCCACAAUAAAACAAGCGAGUUAAGUUACAGAAUAGACGUGAAUGGCUUUGAUUUGAAUGGACAAACAGAAAAUAAAAUAUUCCGGCUAGACUGUAAGUUGCUUCCCAUUACUCAAGAUUACGCGAUUAAAACAAGCAUUCAAAAUAAACUGAACAACUAUUUCCAACAAAUGUCCCUUUUCUUUCAAUCGAAGUUUGAGGGCAAUUUACAUUUAUUAUGACUCUUUUCUGUGCAACCGGAAGUCAUUUGAACUUUGACCAAGUAUGUGUGAAAAAGCAAGCAUCGACACGAACUGCCUUACACGUACAUAAUCGUGUUUAUACAAAAAUAAAUCUGCAGGUAAACAAAUCGCUUGUACGCGUUUCAUGUUGCAGAAGCUCUACUAGAUGAAAUCAUCAAGUUAAUUUUAUUUUAUUCGAUUGACUCAUACCCAUUUAUAAUUUAUAUUUACGUUAGGUCGCUAAAUUUCCGUUUAAAAAGAAAAAAACAAAGCGUGAGUAUUUAAGAAGAGUCGCAAAAGUCUAACUUUGAGCUCUACUGCUCAUAUGACUUAUUACGCAACACUGAAUGUUAAGGCCUCUUCUACACUUAUGUGUAGCUCGAUUCUCAAACGUUGGCUCGCUCGACGAGGAGGGAAGGGGACAAAGCGAUAUUAUCAUCAUUUUUAAAAAUGCCAUUAUGCUAAUCUUAAGCUUCCAUCGUAGAUGUGUAUCACAGGAGGCCUCGGCAUCUCUGCUACUAAGAUGUUCAGAACGUCAACAACCAACAUCUAUGUAAGUACAUGUACAUCUAAGAUUUUGUAUAGCGCAAUUCCGACAACCGCUUGGGAACUUGCUAUUUUAAAAGCAAGUUCUCGAAACGUUUGAGCUGGCUGAUUGGCCAGCUUGGAGUUGAACAUUGCUAGGUAAUAUUCACUUCCGAGUUGCCAAACGCACGUCAAGAGUUUAGUUUCCGAUCAUUUUUCGGUACAAGGACUGAAAUAAGCUGUAUUUUUUCUUGUUCAGUAAAAACAAUUAUUAAUCUCAGAGUUGGAUGGAAAUUUACCUCCGAUUCGGUGAUUCGAUAUCAUUCAAUAUUGUACUGUGAAUACAUAAACAAUGCUGCUACUACUUAAAAGACUGCGAGCGUAUACCAGGCAUUGUUAUAUUCUGGAGUCUGUGUAUUACAAUGCUAAAACAAAUUACGCUAUCUAUCAUUUCACUAACAAUUGUAAAAAAUAAUUCAAAUCCUCUUUGUUAUUCGUCGUGAAGAUUUUGAAUAAUUCAAUCGUUAAAUGUCGAGUAUUGACUAGAGAUAGACCAAGAGAGAACCUUUCAUUUUAUCUCCUUAAGGCGGCCCUGUUUAUGGCAUUUUCCAUAGUAUCGUCCGUUAGUGGCCUACUUAUCAGCUCCUUCUAUGGAACAACAGAAUUGAGAGCUUUCAGUAUAACCAUGGUAAUCCUUGGUGCUCUUGAGUUUAGCAUUGGAAUUGCAGCGUCUGUGUGCUGCUGCUUGAUGAAGCCUUGUACAUGCUGUUGUUGUGUCUCCCCAGAUGAGGUAUUGUUUGUAAAAUAAUUCAAAGAAACGUUUAAUUUGAGUUUGUUUGAGUGAUCAUAAUAAAUGUCUAGCCUGUUUAGCCUGUCCAACUGCAUUACCUCAUUACUCUUAUGUACCCACUUACCUUCCGUCCUUCCUUCCUUCUAACCUGUCUACCUAUCAACCUUCCCAACCUCUAACUUAUUUACCAACCCACCCACCCAUCAGCCUGCCUGCCCACCUACUGCCCUACUUCCUCGUUGACUCAGUUAUCUGCCUACCUACCUACUGUUUUACCUAAUUACCCACAAACCUUCCUACUUAUUUACUUUUUCACCAACUCACCCACCCACCUAAAUACUUACCUACCUUCCUACUUACCUCCCUACCAACCUACUUCCUGACAUACCUCCAUACUCACCCACCUAUUUACCUCAAUCCCUGUCCAUCUACCAACCUGCUUAUCUACUUACAAAAGUACCUACAUAAACAUUCCCUAUUUAGCUACAUAUGUCCUCAACUACCUACCUGUUCGACUCGCUACCUGCCCAACUUCUCACCUACCAACCUGCCUACCUACUUACUAACCUGCCUAUGAUUGAACCCACGUAACCGCCUAUCUACCUACCCUCUUGCUUACUCAUCAACCCGCCUUCCAUCCUACCUACCCAGCUACCUACGUUGCUUACCUACCUACCCACCAUACUAACCUGCCUAUGUGCUCGCCUAACCGCCCACCUCUCUACCCUUCUACUUACCCACCUUCAUCUUACCUACCCACCUUCGUUGCUUACCCACGUGCUUAACUUCUUGUCUAUUUUCAUAUCCAGCCACUAAGUAACCCACCUGGUUAUCUAUUGACUUACUUGCCUAUCUAACUACCCAUCGACUACCUCCUUUCCUGCCUCAAAACCUCUUCAAAAAUUUAUCGGAAAGAUCUUUGUAAACAAACACCUCUAUUUUGUGCGAAAAUAUGUUCAGAUAUUUGUGCGCGGAUAUCAUCUGUUCCAAGAUGCGAACAGUUUUCUGAGAGCGGAUCUGCAGGAAAACUAAGAGCUUCCAAGAACAAACAAUGUCCAAGGACAAAUAUCAGUUCAUAUUUUCAAACAAAAUAGAGGCUAUUGUGUUCAUUAUCCUUCAAAGAUUUUGCAACGCCCGGGAAAAAAUGCUUACGAACAGCUUACCGUAUGCAGCGUGGGUUGUUUUCUUUUGAGUGAUUUCCGGUACGACUUAUGGAAAAAAAUCCAUUUUUCUGUAACAACCACAAAACCCUAUACAAUCUUGAAUAAAAUUUGAAACUAAUACCUAUCAUGAUAGAAAUUAUGUUUAAAAAUUGGGGACUAUCACUUGGGUGAUGCUCUCAGAUAUCACCCAGUUUUAGCUUGAGUAUCUUCGGUCUGGCGUUGCGUUUAGAUCAAUCGCGGGCGAACAAAAAUUUUUGAUGGAUCGUAAUUACAUAUACACACACCCUUUAUAGUCCUAUUACAUAAAAAAAUGUACCUUCCUAACCUAUCCCACCCACAUAUUUACCAAUAUACAUAUUUACAGAGCACUAUCUCCUUUUCAAUGUCAUAAUUUCCUUUCUUUUGUCUCUUCUCAUCUAAAAUUUUUAGAGACGACCUUUAGUGUAUCCACCACGUGUUCAGCCCAUAUUGGUUGACAGGCAAACUAACUAUGUUGCCGUCGUAGUCCCUCCGUGAAAAAAUCGCACUCAAGGAAUGUGAAACUACGUGAAUCUCAAGAUCAUCAAUCCAAAUGUUUCAAUAAUUUUUUUCUUGUCAUUUGUGAGUUGACUACUUGAGAGACUAAAAAGAAACCUAAUAAAAAAGUGAUAUCGCAUUUUAAUAAACAGGCGUGGAUUCGUUUCGUAGCUUAAUUUAUAAUGACAAAG